AAUAGUGGUCAUAAGGAACCGGGACCAGGUAGAUAACAAAAAAGGAUGGGAAGAUCCCAUCGAGCGGUACAAGUAUGACACGAAGCGGGUAACCAGGGGCUAGACAGGUCAUACGACCUUAGAGAGAGAUCAUAGCAGCCAUUCAGAUCACGAGUUGCAUCUGACAAAAAUUUGCUAGCGGCACAGGCAGGUGGUAGUAGUGGUAGUAGCUAACGAAGGAGACGGAUUGUCGAUACUCGAGCAACGCAUGCACUAGCAACCAAGAUGCCAUGCUCUACGAAUCUAGACUGCUGUCCACGACCAGCCAAGACUACGCAGGUGGAAGUCCAGGCAUCCGGCGAUCGGCGAUCGGUGAUCGGACCACGUCGCACAAGGCAGAUCCGAAAGAUGUGAACAGCAACGAGCAGCACUGCCACGGCAAAAGUUCUGUAUUCACUAGAUCAUGUCCGAAUACGAGCAGGAAGCAUGCAUGCAGGGCAUAGAAAGAAGAGGCGCAGCGAUCAAGCGCCACCUCUAGCACGAAAUUCGAACCAAACGCAGAUCCAUGCCCCGGCACCUUCAUAGCGAACAGAAGCUCCUUCCGAACAAAUGCAUGCCAUGCUGAGGAAGAUUGUAAAGUUCAAGGUGAAAUCUCGUCGGAGAUUGCCGAGUCGAACGCAAUCGUCGGGGUAUGAUGCGGGAUCUUCGCGCUCUUGGUGCUCUUUGUGAUGAAGAAUCCGAUGCGAGCUGCAUCAGAAGAGUGGUAUUUCGUCACGAAGGGCAGACGAGAGUCGAGCGACAUCGACUCGUCUCCUUGACUGGAAAUGACGGCAUCGUCGCGAUGCCACACUUGCCGUCCACAGAUUUCCCAUUCCUCUCGAUUCGGAUGUAGCCCUUCUCGCCCCACGAGGUGCCCCACGAAUUUUUCACCAGCCAGAAGGGCCGCCCGUUCCUCGACCCGUAGCCCACGAUCAGCACGGCGUGGUCGAUCUUGCUCCCACAUUUGCCGAUGAAAACGCCGGACGAGUAAAAUUGCAGAUCGUUGUUCGUGGCCUCGAUCAUGGCGCUCACGGGCUGCCGGGCCACGGCCUUCUUCAGCUCGGCCUCGUUGCUCGCCGCGACGUACUCGAAGCCAUCGAUCGCGACGGCGCGGCUGUCCAGGACGGCCGGGUCGCAGACGUCCUGGUUGGCGUUGUACGGGCAGGCGUCCUCCGUGCCAAUUCCGCCGUUGUCCACGAUGAAUUGGAAGGCGCGGUCCACGCGGCCCGCUCCGUCGCAGCCCGAAUCGCUUGCGACGCAGUCCAGGAGCUCCUGCUCCGACAGCGAGACCAGCGACCCCGUCGCGAUCUUGUUGAUGCCCUCCACCGCGCCGGUGGCCGAGAACGCCCAGCCGCUGCCGCAUCGUCCCUGGUCCUUCACGCCCGUCACGGCUCCGUGCUGCCGCCAGUCCACCAGCAGCGGCAGCUUGGCCUUGCGCCAGCCUUGCGGGUCCCCGCGACCGGACUCCGCCGUCGCGCUCCGCUGCUCCCCCCGCUCCGCGACGCUCGCGUUGCCGACCCGGCUCCUGAAUUCCUCUCGGCUCAUGCCCGUGAACCGGUUCAGCCCCAGCCGGUACCCGUUGGUGCGUCUGGCGCGCUCGUUGUGCUCCUCGAUGUACCGGACGUUGGCUUUGAAUACCGCGAACCGCUCCUCCUCCCCCGAUGCGCUCCUGCGGCCGACGCCGUGCGUUACGGCCCAAGACUCGUACAACGCUCGCAAUUCGCCCUCCGAUUCCAGAUCGAUCAAGCCGUCGGGGCCUCGGCCUCCUGGCGCCGUGUGCUCGGCGCAUGCCCCCGUGACGCACCGCAGUGCCACCAGAAGCAAGAGUAGAGAAAUCUGCACGGCCAUGGCAGCAAUCCCUCGGGACGAAUUCUCCAGCCGACUUCUGUGCGAAUGGAGUGAGGAAUUUUUUUUUUCUGUCUUCGGUUUUCCCCUUCGCGAAAUCUGAAGCUCGUCACGCGAUGCUCUCGAGAGUUGCAAGCCUUCCUUUCUUCGGCAGCGCCCUUAAAUAUCAGCAGUCGAAUCUGCUCGUUCCAGGAGAGGAUAAUCUUCAGCUUCAGUCAUCCGCGAAGAGGAAAGAUCGGACCUGAAGAGUCUGCGCUCGUCGGACUGAUGAGGGUUCGCAGUGAGAUCGAUCCAUAUUCAAUGACAAUAAAAAGAGUGAAACUCAAACCCCGAACCCUGAGCAGCGUCAUGAUUGACUGAUUGACUGAUCAUCACAGGGAGUCCGGGCUUGCGCACAACACGACCCGAGCCGAGCCGAGCCGAGCCAGGCCAGAUCGUUGCGCUUUUCUCCGGUGCUUCGCAGUGCGGUGCUUUAUCGCUUUUGGCCUUUUGGAACAGGUCUAUCCUCUCCUCCGUGACGGGGUGUACGUUGGCAGGAAAGCUCUGACAAUUUAGGGCAGCAUGGCUUUCGAGUGCGGACACGGAGACAUCUGGCGCGACUCCGUGAUGAGUUCUAAGUCACAUUCAUUGGCCUCUCUCUCUCUCUCUCUCUCUCUCUCUCUCUCUCUCUCUCCAUGAUUUUGGGGUCCGAACCUUCGGGCUAAGGCCCAGGUCCAAAUGGAUCGGUGCUUGUUUCCGGCGAGCAUAUAUCUCUGAGUUUGCAGUAGCCGGUUGUCUUAGAAUAUUGGCAAUCGGAUCUUCAACUGUGUGGAUACUGUCUGUGAAUUGGGAGUACUCGUUAGCCUCACUCGCUACACAGUUCAGAUUCUUUUAUGUCUUCCCCCAUCUGGCAUCGGCGUAUACUUGAGCAUUGAUUAACUUUCUAUAUUGAAGCUGCCCGCCCACGCUCUCGUGCUCCCGGGGAGGACUGACUCGCAAGGCUCGCAGCUGCUUUGUGGUCAACAUGAGGCCCUUGAAAGUCCAUCGAUUACAGAGAUGAGCAAAAAACGUUUGCAUCGCCAGGGAAGGCAUCUUCGGGUUCAGCUUCAUAUUGAGCACUGGUGAGUCAAGGCACGAUCCAUGCGGACGGACAAUACGAUAGGAAUCAACGUGAGUCUCUAGUAUCAGGCGAUUUAGAAAUUCGAUGAAGAUCCAAGAGUUUCGGUGUUAGCAGUCUGUCUCUGGAUCGACGGAUCGAUUGUUGAAUAAUUCAAAGCUCCCACCCUCACUGUUCGUCAGUCAAGAGAAUCUGCCACUGCAGCAAACUCCCCGUAAUCGAGUCCGCUUCUGAUGCAUCGCCUGACUUGCAUCCGGGAUUGACGAUGUCUUCUUCGGGAACUGCAAUGUGCCAAAAACUCGAAGGGUUCAGGAACUGUCUUGCAGAAUCACAACGAGGAUCAGUCAGGCCGUUACUUAUCUGUCUUCGGUGAAAAGGAUGAAAUAUGCAAGCGACGGCCAAGUAUUAUAGAUUGAGACAUCAAGUAUCAGGACCGAUCGUACAUAAAGUAGCAACAGGAAAAGGCUUUGUCUUACAUCCUCCUGCUUUGGAUUUCUACACCGGGUCACAGUACUGGCUAACUGUACCAUGCGAGGACUAGGAUCAAGAAGGAGAGCAAGGAUUUAGCACUAAAGCAGGGCAACUCAUCGAUUGGCAUUCCAUCGACAGUCUUCUCCCAGAAUCGUCGUCGCACUUCGGGCCCUUCAAUAUUUACGCUAGCAUAGUGAACCAAAACGCGGCCGAGCAGUGUCAUCUGUUCGAAACUCUGUCUGCGACGGGCGAUCACAGCGAAGAAAACAACGCUCCAGAGACUAAUGUAAUCAUACCUUGACAACGAUCAGAGACAUCAGAUCCAACUCUGAGCUACCAACGGAGAGUUGUACAGACCUCAUUUGCCUCAAGGACUGCGAUUUCCCAAGCAUUACUCAAAACUAUGUGUCUCUGAUUUGAUGACCUGAGCUGGUGAGCUUGAUGUCUCCGACAUUUCUUCCUGACAUGCACAACGGAUCGUUCGUUAUAAUGCCAUGAAUCGGCAUUCGCUGCAGGGCUUUACUCCACCCGAGCAAUCCCCACGACGAUCAGCGUUUGCUCGUUCGUGCCAAGAAGAGAGCUGCUGAAAUGAUGGAGGAGACACAGCAAUUCCCCUGGCUGCUGGACUGACUGAUCCUAUGAAAAGAAAAUGGGCCCCGAAUUGCCGGAGCACCGGACUUUCUGUUGUGAAUGAAAGCUUGACACAGGCGUUUGGAAGUGGAGGACGUUGAUGAACAGGAAACUAGGACUGGAAGGGAUUAUACUUCAAGGUGACCUAGCGAACCCCACCGUGAUUCAUUAUGAAGUCAUACAAGUCACACACUUUCAGGCAGAGAUCAGACUGAGAAGCUGACAUGGUCAAGCACUGAACUGAAAGAAUCAGUGCUUCUAAUUCUUACCUCUGACAAUCGCCUGUUGUAUCUGAAUCUGCCGUCCCGAGAUUGCAACUUAUUUGUGAAUAAUUACACAAUAUAUUUACAAUAGACUGCCUUCGUCAUCAUCGGGCAUUUGGUCUAGUGGUAUGAUUCUUGCUUUGGGUGCAAGAGGUCCCGAGUUCGAUUCUCGGAAUGCCCCCUUUACCUACGCGACUUAUUUUUGCACACAGAUAGGAAGAUCUGUCACUUCAUCAACCACAUAUCAAAAAAUGUGUCCUUUUUUAGGGAUCUUUAUUUUGUUAAGAAAUUAUAUUUUUGCACACAGAUAGGAAGAUCUGUCACUUCAUC